AUGCUCCGGAGGAGCCACAAGAAAUCGCGGGCUGGAUGCCUCGAAUGCAAGCGUCGCCAUGUCAAGUGUGACGAGCAACGCCCCAAAUGCAUCAUUUGCACACUCUCAGGAAGGGACUGCGGCUAUCCUCCAGCCCAACCUGCCGGCGCCCCUCGCGGCCCCAGUGCUGCGGCAGCUCCCGCCAGCCCUGCCGAGCCCGCGGCAUCCUUUGCAGCCCCCACCGGCACGGGCAACGCGGCUCCUGUAGCCGGUGUUCCCCUUCCAGACAUUGCCCGCCGCGGGCCGCCGUUGCAGCAGGACGCCGACCAGGUCCUUCCCGAGGUCAACCUGGACCACAUGGAGUUACUCAUCAGCUUCAAGUUCGAGGAGCACGCGCCCGAGCUGAACGUCGAGCAGCACGAGUUCUCCUCUGGCCUCCUUUUCAAGUGUGCGCUGGACGCUCCCUAUCUGAUGCACCAGCUCCUCGCCGUCUCUGCCCGGCGCCUGGCCGCGCAAAAGCCUGAGCGAGCCAACCACUUCCUGGAGCUAGCCAUGCGCUUGCAGACCAAAGCCGUCUCUAUCUACAACGAGACAGCCGCCAAGGCCCAGAUCGACCAGACUAACUGCUCGGCCCUCCUCCUCUUCUGCUCCCUGCUGGGCCGACACCUAUUGGCUGAUCUACUAGCGAGGCGAGACGCCGACUUUGGAGACUUCCUCGCCCGCUUCCUCGAGUUUCUCUCCAUCUCCCGCGGCCUGAUGGCCAUGUCAGUCGCCGCUUGGGACCUGUUGCUCCAAUCGGACAUCAGGCACCUCGUCCUCUGGGCGCUCGAGAUCGCGCAGUCGGUUCCUAGAGGUCACCACUGCGACGGACUACGUCGCCUCGUAACAGAGUCGACCGAUCUGGACGAGGAGUCCAAGGAGGCUUGCAUGACGGCCAUCGCCUAUCUCCAAGUUGGCUUCGACAGCCUCCUCGGCGGUGACUCGCGAAAUCAGCGGUACUUGAUGGUCUUUAUGUGGGCUCCAGCGGUACCUCAGAAGUUUGCCGACCUGCUCGCACAGCGGCGACCCGAGGCUGUGGCCAUCAUGGGCUACUGGGCCCUUCUUCUCCAUUACAGCCGCUCUUUAUGGCACGUUGCCGACUCGGGCUCGCAUCUGCUGAACAGCAUCUCCCAGUACCUCGGACCGGACUGGGACAACUGGUUGUCUUUCAACACGAUGUUGCGGCCUUGGAUGAGAGAUGGCUGA